CGAAAAUAAGUAUGUCAGUUAUUUUUAAAAAUUUCAUAAUCAUCACUUAUUCCUUUUUUUAUUUUUUUUUUCUUCCUUCUGAAAGGAGUAGAAUUACUUGAAAAUGGUUGAAACUAAUGAUGACUAUCUGAAACGCUUGGGUAUAAAUAUGCAUAACUUGGAAAGAGAAAUGAAUUCAGCUGUUGUAAAAGAAUCUAGAUAUUGGAUUGAAAAUGAUGCUAAAAUUAGAGCAGUUCAACAAGGUGUUCCGACAUAUGAUGAUUUCAAGGAAUUGGUAGCUGGAUGCCAUUUAAAACCUUUAGAGCGAUCAGAAUUGAUCAAUUCUUCUAGUAAAAAAUCCUCUUGGAAUUAUUCUGCAACGCUAGUGAAUAACAGUACCACAUCUUUUGAACCGAAGUCAAACUCAAGCAUAAAUACAAAAACAUGUACAACUCCACAAGAGUUUCUAUCACACUGGCGUCAGAUUAAAUCAUCACCUGUAUUGACUGAUGACAAUGAUAAGAAUAAUUAUUUAUUCGAGUUAUUAUUGAAUCAAAAAGAUGAAUUACUGGAAAAUCUUUUUCAUACUGGAUUAGGUGUCUCUUUUUUACCUGAUGUAUUGACAAUACUGGAUCAUGCAUUGAUUCAGGCAGAUAAUAAUACAUCAUCAGAUGACAAUAGUAGUUAUAAUAUAAUCUGUAAAGUAUUUAUGAUACUUAGAAAUUUUCAAAAAUCUAAACAAUUCCCUGUAGCUGUUGAUUGUUUAUUGGAUAAUGAAAUAAAAAUAGCACAUCAACUUCUUUAUCGAUUGAAGAGGAUUGGAAAUAAAUUUAAUAUAUUUGAAGGUAAAAAAGAAGAAAAAGAAGCUCUAAGGAAACUUUUUGAUGCUUUUAAUUGUAAUGACGAGAGGGAUACUUAAACUGAAAUUUGCAUUUUAUGCUCAAUUGGCAGCUAAUUUUUUUUCUAAAGAUUUUGUUUCCAGUUCAUUCCAUAUCAUAUUCUGUGAUUCUUUGAGUAAUAUUAGUUUGUUUUAUGAUUAAUUUAACUGUACAUUCAAAGCCAUU